UUACUGUCGAUGUUUUGUCAAAAUCUUUGGUUUUGUUUUGAAAAUUUUACUACUCACCUUUUUGUUGCAAACGAAUUUUUCCUUUUAUUCUAGAGACAAGGUUGUAUCUGUUUGAUUCCCAUCUAUUCUGAUUAGAAAUGCCGUCAAAACCUUCAAGAUCUCCGAAACGAUCUCGAUAUGCAAAAAAAUCCGCGACACCAACCAAACAUGAAUCAGAAGAAUUCAUUAAUUCAGAGGAAACCACUGAUGAGGAUGAGGAUGAAGUGGACAGUGAGGAUAAUCGACUAGAAAAUAGUAAAAAUGAAAAGAAAUAUCCAACACUUGUGCAUAUUCCAUCACCUAGACCACCUUCAUCGUCCUUUCAAAAAUAUAAUCAGGAGAAACAGAUAACUUCUACUACUAAAAGAAGAAAUUUGAAGAGGAAUGAAUUGAUAUCAGAAAGAGCGAUUCUUGAAAGUGCAAAGCAUAGCAAUUUGGAAGCAAAGCAUAAGAAUUUGGGAGCACUGGACCCUUCCCGAAUUAACGUAAUAUCGAAAGGGGUGCUAUUUCUGUCACCAUUACCUAAAAAAAUUUCUUUAACAAUUAUUCUACUUUUUGUUUACUUUUUGUAUUGGUCUCUUAAAGCUGACAAUCAGUCAAGCAUUGAUAUAUCACUAAUCAAAGAAAAAUUUCCUCAACAAGAUCCACAAUUAUGGCGUGCCAUUGUCACUGGUAUAGAUGCUACAUUCCAAGAAGAAUAUCCUACAUCUUAUUUAUUUCUGUUUGAAAGUGAAGCUGAAGAAACAACAAAAAAGCUAGUUGCAGAGGUAUCAAAGUAUGCAGUUUGUAGGCUAUCCACAUGUGGGUAUCAAGCCAUUGAUUUUCAACAAGUACUUAAAUCUUCAAAUUUCUCAAAUAUAAAUGAUUAUGGGUCAGUACUUUCUCAUCUUAAGAGUAAGUUAGAGAACAGUGGUUUAAUGGUUGUUGAAAAUUUGGAUGAGGUUCCAGAAAAAUUUGCUUUAGCCUUUCACAAUUUUUGUGAUGAAAUAUCUCCCCUAGUAAAAAAAUCUGCAUUUUUCUUCACAAUGAAGGUAGAUAAGUUCAAUGAAUCUCUCCGUGAUGAUUUGAGAUAUACAGAAAAAAUACUUCAAAAGAAGUGGCGGAACAUAGAAGAAGAUAAAUUUGUACCUUUAUUCACCAGAAUUUCCAGCAUGCCUUUGAGGGUAUAUCAGCCAAACGUAACAGAAGUUUAAUUCAAAUAUCUGCACAUUCAAAUUGAGUUUUAUAGAACGUAUAUGAGGCAAUCCUAAUAUUUCCUUUGUAAAGAAUACGUAAUUAAUUUAGCAUAGGAGUGGUCUGAUCAGCUUCACAAUUCCACAUGUGAAUAGCAGUAUGGAACAAAUCAUAUUUUUAUAUUAUUUUUAUUGAAUGAUUUAAUAUUCAUCCUAAUAAAGGAAAUUGAUUUAA